CGUGGCUGAACCACAGCCAGCAUGAAACGCGCACCAGCCACUGUCUGUGCAGCGAUGAUCCUACUAGACCUCGUGGUCCGGGCGGAUCAGGGGUGCAAGCCCGGUCAGACAAAGAUGGAGGACUGCAACGUAUGUACAUGUCUCUCUUCCCGUAUCUGGGCAUGUACCAACUUGAAAUGCCGCGACAAAAGAGGAACGCCGGUGGCGCAGAAGAAACUGCCUCAGUUGGUGCAGAAGAAACCACCGCCGACUGAAGACGGGAAAUGCUGUGUCCCCAACACAACAUACAUGGAGGAAUGUAACGUAUGUUUAUGUGACGAAGACGGGAUAGGAGCAAGUUGUACACUCGCUGGCUGUAUUGGAGAUUGGGGGUCUGUCCGAAAAGAGCCUACUGGUGAAUAACGUCUGCACUUCUUACAACUUUUCGUGAGUGCCACAAUGUAGUCAUGUAACUGUUUGCAGGUACAUCCAGAGCAUCAACACCUUGCGCCGAAGGUUGCAUCUCG